AUGACUCCGUGGGUUCGGAGGAGGAGGCUCCUCUGGGGAGCCCUGAAGCCGGUGGUCAGUCUGACCCUGAUCUGUGCGUCUGUCCUCAUGCUGCACCGGCUCAGGUUAACGGUGGAGAAGGACGCACCGAGCACCACCGCGGCUCUUCGGAACUUCGUGGCUCUUCCGAACACCACGGCUCUACGGGACCCCGCAGAUCUACGAGACACGCGAGUGGUUACGUGCACUGAGAACGCGUCCGUACACGCGCACGCUUGGUUCCGCCGCCUGGACGCGCGCUUCCAUCAGUUCGUUCUGCGGAGGCACUGCCGCUUCUUCCCGCUCCGCAUCAACCACCCGGAGAAGUGCGCACGCGGGCCCGUGCACGUGCUCAUCGUGGUCAAGUCUGUGAUCGAGCAGCACGAGCGCAGGGAGGCGGUCCGCCAGACGUGGGGCCGCGAGCACGAGACAGACUCUGGGAGCGUGCGCACCGUGUUCCUCCUCGGGACCGCGUCCACCGGGAAAGACGCCCGGAACCUGCAGCAGCUGCUGCUCUACGAGGACCGCGUGCACGGGGACAUCCUGCAGUGGGACUUCAUGGACACGUUCUACAACCUGACCCUCAAAGAGCUCAACUUCCUCCAGUGGUUCCACACGUACUGUCCAAGCGCGCACUUCAUCUUCAAAGGGGACGAUGACGUGUACGUGAACACGCGCAACCUGUUGCAGCUCGUGCGCUACCGCACAGAGGAGCGGCGGCACGAGCGUCUGUUUGUGGGUGACGUCAUCUCCAGAGCGGCUCCGAUCCGGAACCGUCAGAGUAAAUACUUCAUCCCCAAAGAGCUGCACGCGGGCCCGUACCCCCCGUACGCGGGCGGAGGGGGCUUCCUCAUGUCCGGGCCCCUGGCUCACCUGCUGCUCCGGGCGUCGGACGCCGUACCCCUGUUCCCGAUAGAUGAUGUGUUUCUGGGCAUGUGUCUGCAGAGGCUGGGCACGGCCCCGGAGGCCCACGCAGCCUUCAGAACGUUCGGGGUCACGCGGCGCAGAUUCAGCCCAAUGAACCGUGAACCGUGUUUCUACACGCAGCUCAUCGUGGUGCACAAGCUGAGCGCACAAGAGCUGCUCCGUAUGUGGAACGUGACGCAUAACCCCGGGCUGGUGUGCGCGCGCUCCUCAGUCAUGACAGAGUAA